UAUCAAACUACCAACAAAAAAAAAUAAGAAAUAAAAACCCACCUCACCAACUGCGUAUACUACUACUACUACAACUAUACAUCAUCCAUCAAUAUUAAUGAUAUAUUUCAUUGUUUUAAUCCUCACCUGGGAUUCUUCUUAAUACUAAUCACCUCAUUCUUCUUUCGUUUUGGGGUGAAAGGUUUUCUGGCACUCCAUGGCGAGCCAGCUAUCCGGCGGAGACUACGGUGGUACACUGGCCGAGAUUCGAAAGAAGAAGCACAGUGGGCAGCGAAAGAGAGAAGAGCUUGAAAGAGAGGUGUCUCUGCUUCAAACCAUGCUGAACCAAGAAGAGAGAAUGAGUGAAAUUUUGGAACAAGUCCAUAGUAAUCAACAUAAUGGAUCUGCUAUCACUAUCCCAAACUUUCUUCCUCCAAAGAUGAAAGAACUCCUAACAGAGUUAACUAUGGUGGAAGGUGAGAUAGCAAGACUUGAGAGCCAAAUUAAUCAGCUUAAACUUGGACUGCAACAUGAACAAGAAGCAAAAAAAGAAUCAAAAUCUAAACAAUGGCGAUAUGGAUCUCCAAUCCGUUCUGUUGUCAACCCUUCAUCCUUUACAUUUCCAAGCCCAAUGCAUAACGGUGUUCAUAAUGACAGGAUCGGGUAUGAAACCAAGACAUUACAUUUCAUAAGCAAAGCCAUAAAAGGUGAUUAUAAUCUUAAUAAUGACUUUAGUCUAAACGAUAAAAGGGGAAACAUGAGAGGUUUUGGGGACCAGAAAGAGAAUUACUUUCAUGAAGAAAAGUCACAAGAAAGGGUUCCAAAAAAAAGUGGAAUGGUGAAGCCAGCUUCUCCUAUGAGAGAUAUAAGAAAUCCAUCACCCAAGCCUACACGUAAUCUUGGGACGCCUUUAGACCUUCCACCAAAGCCUGUAUCCCCACUAGUUCAUUCAGAAGAGAAUAUUCAUAAUUGGCAGCCUAACAAGCUCUCUGAGGAGAUCAUGAAGUGUCUGAACUUGAUAUACAUUAGGCUUCUUAGAACAACAAGAGCAAUGGAACUGGAAAAGUCAGGCCCCAUUUCGAGGUCUUUGCACUCUUCUUUAAGCUCAAGAAGCUUCAGAGUUGAGCCUGGCUUAAACUCAAAGGAAUCAAGGCAACAAGACCCAUAUGGCAUUUUCAAUCUGGAAGAGUCUACUCCACGGGACAUUGGGCCUUAUAAAAACUUGGUUAUUUUUACUGCAAGUUCUAUGGACCCAAAAUGCAUCUCCAGCCCCAGUUCUGUUCCUCUCCUAAGAAAGUUGAGGCUGUUGAUGAACAAUCUUCAGACAGUGGAUUUGAGGAGCUUGACAUACCACCAGAAGUUAGCAUUUUGGAUAAACAUGUACAAUGCUUGUAUAAUGCAUGGAUAUAUCCAAUAUGGAGUGCCAUCUACCCCAGAAAAAUUGCUAGCAUUAAUGAAUAAGGCAAUUCUCAACAUAGGGGGAAACAUCAUCAAUGCUCAAGCCAUAGAGCAUUAUAUUCUGAGGAAGUCAGCACCCUCUAUCAUGAAAGAGAAUGGUGAAAACGAUGACAAAGAAUCUGUCGUCCGUGAACUUUAUGGCCUCGAAUCAACAGAUCCUAAUGUCACAUUUGCUCUUUGUUGUGGAACUCGUUCUUCUCCUGCUGUGAGGAUGUACACAGCUGAGAGUGUUGUGGCUGAGUUGGAAAGAUCAAAAUUGGAGUAUCUUCAAGCUUCGAUUAUAGUAACAAGCACAAAGAAGAUUGCAUUGCCCGAACUACUGCUGACAAACAUGCUUGAUUUUGCAGCUGAUAAAGAGUUAUUGGUUGAGUGGGUUUGUCACCACUUACCAACAGCUGGGUCACUCAGAAAGUCAAUAGUGGAUUGCUUCAGAUCCCACAACAGUGGUAGAAUUGCCACAGCUACUGUCGAAAAAAUACCUUCUGAUUUUGAGUUCCAAUAUGUCUUGGCUAUAUAAUUAAAUAAAGAAAACUAAAAAUCUCCCAUCACUUGUUUGGUGUCAUUUUUUUAAUGACUUAAUUCACAUAACGUGUGAUGUGAAGAUCAUUGUAUAAAUGAAUAAGAAUAAAGGAUUUCUAAGGAUGUUCUUUACUACAA